AUGGACCCCAAUAUCUGCUCUAAUCUUAACGGCCACGUCUUGCUCCACUGGGCAAAUGGCAUUAAACUGCUUCACCACUCGCUCUGGAACUAUACCGUCGCUGCAGUGACCCUCAGUCUAGUCCUCGCGGGAGACGACUACCGCAUUCAUCGUACCGGGGAGAUCAUAUCCAACGGAGGCCGUAUCGUUCCGUGCCUACAAAUGCAGAGGAAGCAAGCCGUCGUCGCAAUGUACAACCGUGACCUUGAGCUCUAUCACAGGCUCAUAUGCUUAAUCAGAGAGGAACUAUCUCAUGGUACUUCCGAAGCGAUCGGCCAAAUGAUGCUUGAGAAGUUGACCCAACUACCAUGCCCCGCAUGGGACCUUGCGGGGGUCAGGGAUAUCAUCAACUCUAUCUAG